AUGGCUACACCCACAGUUUCAGGCUUCGUUGACGCUGUGAUCAUCCGUCCCGUCGUCGUGGCUAUAAACAGUCUUGUGCUCGCAUCCCUCAUGUCCUACGUGAUCGCUGAACGGCUUGACUGGAGGCCGAUCACCGUAUGCGUUACAUGUGACAUUCUUGCUGUUGGCAUUGACCACUUUAAGGACCAAAAAAUUGUCAUUAGCGCAUGCGGCGCAGCUGUUGAACAACGCUUCGCUUCCCUGUUCUUUCUUGCCCGCAUGUUUCUGGUCCUGAAUGCAUCGCUGCUUGUAAUCGCUUGUCAAGGUUCACCAAAAAUGACUAUCGUCACCGCAAUUUUUACUACCCCCGCUUUCCUGUGGGCGACGCCGCUCAACCCUCGGCGAAUUGGUGCGGUCAUCCAGAGAUUCAUACCUGCAAAGCAUGGUCAAGAAGUGGGGUAUAGUUCAUCGAUACCUGGUACUCCAUUCGUCAUCAAACGAGUUCCUGGCAUGAAGGCUAUAUUCAACGGCAUCAUCCGAGGUUGUGGGAUAUUUUUCGUUGUUCACUCGGCACUGCAGGCAUCGUGGAAGUCAGAUUUCAACGCGCUCCCAUGGACGAUCAUUGAGAUUGUCAUUUGGUCAACGGUCAAUCGCAUUAUUCAUUCUGUCAUGACAGAUGUGCGUGACUUUGAUGAGGACGAGAAGGCUGGAGUCCCCACCAUACCCGUCCUUCUUGGAUCCCCUCUCAAAACUCGGAUUUUAUUAACUGUCAGUCAAGCAGCCCUUCUGAUGGCCUCUCUCGGCAACCCAUACAUUUUAGGGAGUUCCUGCUUCAUGAUUGCUCUUGUUUGGAUCCUAGGGAAAGAUUCCCCGAAAGUUUCCUUCUUCCUGAGCAUUCACUCGCAGUCAAUAUUCAUUGCUAUGUACGCUGUCAUAAAAUGUUGGUCUCUCUAG